AUGUCAAACAGCACAGAACGCCUCUCCUCUGACUGUGGCUCUCCCGGCCUGGUGGCCUUCCACAUUGUUCUCUCAUACCUUUUAUUCUUCUUGUUUCCUAUUGCAUUAUUACUUAAUGGAAUAGCAGGCUGGGUGUCUUUACACCUAGAGUCCACUUCUACCUUCAUAGUGUAUCUGAAAAAUCUGGUGGCUGCUGACCGCAUUACACUCAUGAUCCCACUAAAGGCAGCCAGCAUGCUUCCAGGUGCAACAGUUGAGUUUAAGGCUUUCAUCUGCCGUUAUGCUGGCAUCUCUUUCUACUGCUCUUUGUACACAAGCAUUGCAUUAAUGGGUCUCAUCAGUUUGGACCGCUUCUUCAAAAUCGUUCGACCAUGUGGAAAAGUCCUGGGACAAAAUGUGAAGUUCACUGUAAUAAUGUCCACCUUGGUUUGGAUUCUGUUGUUUGGCGGUGCUGCUGUUCCAAGUAUCAUUGUCACUGACCAGGUUCCUGCUACUCAAACUGAUGAUUUAUGUAUGUCUUUGAAACCUCCAGCUGGCAAGAACUUCCAUAAAUAUGUGGCUUUAUUUAUGGAGAUUCUUUUCUGGUGUGUCAACAUACUGAUUGUGUUUUGCUACAUCUGCAUUACCAUGAAAGUAGUGCAGUCCUUCAGAAAUUCUGGGAGCAAUAACAGACAGGGACAGAAGAAAACCAAGCUGCGAGUCUUCUUGAUCCUUCUUGUUUUUUGGGUGUCCUUUGUGCCAUUCCACUUAAUUCGCAUUCCUAUGAUACAAAAUGAAUUCUCUGACACUGAUGUCUGCACUCCAACAUGGUUAAAGAUAGUCAGUGAAUUAGCCACCUGGAUGUCUACUAUCAAUGCCUGCCUAGACCCUCUUCUCUACAUCUUCCUGUGCAAGGAGUACAGAGAAAAACUAGUGGAGAUGAAGAAAAGUAUCUGCGCUGGAUUUCAUUCUGGUGACAAAAAUGUGAUUUCACAGUAA